GUAUCUCCAAGUCAAUUUUCAAUCCGGAUACCCAGUCUCUCUGGCCGCCUUCAAUGUCCACAGUCUGAAGCAAGCAGAACAACAAGCUGCUCUUGCACUCACACUGGACUCGCUUGGCAUUGAUGUGUGCUGUGCCUCAGAAACGAGAAUUCGAGAUGCAAGCACAGUGAUUGAGUUAACUCCCCGUCAGUCUCCACUCGCUUCCGGUGAUCCAGAGGCUGCUGCGGUGGGAUGUGCAGGAGUUGGUAUCGUCCUAAGUCACCGGGCGGAAGUAUCCUUGUUUGACUUGAUACUUGUUGAUGGUCCCCUCUGUGCGGUUCGUCUAGCAACAUCUCUUUUUUUCUCGAGGACACUCAAUCCGAGCGAGAAGAAUCAUUCUGCCAUCGAGAAGGAGGCCUACGCUAUCGUUGAAUCCAUCAGGAAAUGGCGGCACUAUCUACUCGGAAGACCCUUCAAACUGACCACCGAUCAGCGUUCAGUCACAUUCAUGUACGGCGGUGGACAGAAGAGUAAAGUGAAAAACGACAAGAUACAACGAUGGAGGAUUGAGUUGUCCGAGUACAAAUAUGAUGUCAUAUACCGACCUGGCAAGGACAAUCAUGUCGCAGACACCCUGUCACGAAACGUAUGUGCUUCCAUGGGGAGCAAUAACCAACUCGGAGAGCUCCAUAACUCCCUCUGCCAUCCAGGCAUUACCCGUAUGUUUCAUUUUGUGCGUUGCAAGAAUCUCUCCUACUCCGUCGACGAUGUCAAGCGCGUCAUUUCCUCCUGCAAAGUGUGUGCUGAACUAAAGCCAAGAUUCUGGAAAUCCUCUGGUAGACUCAUUAAAGCAACACAACCUUUUGAACGUCUGAGUUUGGAUUUUAAAGGUCCUUUGCCAUCUAAUACACGCAACCGCUACUUACUCACUAUAAUUGACGAGUUCUCUAGAUUCCCAUUUGCAUUUGCGUGUGCGGAUAUGACCUCGGCAACUGUGAUUGACUGUCUCACACAGAUCUUCUGUCUGUUCGGAAUGCCAGCCUAUAUCCAUUCCGACAGAGGCUCAUCGUUCAUGUCGUCUGAGAUCAAUAGCUUUCUUCUGGAGAAAGGUGUUGCUAUGAGUCAUACAUCAGCUUAUAAUCCACAGUGUAACGGUCAAGUUGAGCGUCUCAACGGUACUCUCUGGAAAACAAUAAGCUUAGCGCUGAAAUCUCACAAUCUCCCGCCUUCCCGUUGGGAAUCAGUACUCCCUGAUGCUCUACACAGCCUCCGAUCAUUGUUAUGUACAGUCACUAAUUGUACUCCACACGAACGUUUGUUCCAAUACGCACGUCGAUCAACAUUUGGAAUAUCGUUGCCAUCUUGGUUGACCACCCCUGGUCCAGUUCUGCUGCAACGAGGUGAUAGGUCAUCCAAGUACCAACCACUAGUAGAAGAAGUUGACCUUCUGAACUGCAACCCACACUACGCACACAUUGCUCAUCGAGACGGAAGAGUCGAAACCGUGUCCCUUCGCCGUCUAGCCCCAGCUGUUCAGAGUACAACUGACAAUGUUCUCAAUCUGUCUGAAUCCAACGAGGAUACCGAACACCCAGAUACGACUGAACUAACCGGACGCCAGCCCGAUAGCUCUCAAGCAUCGGAAUCUUCUUCUGUACCGUCUUCCGAACACCAACCGAGUUAUCCUUUGAUUCUAGAACAACAGCGACGCAUUCAUCCUUACAGGCGGCACGUUUCCGCCCGACUACAUUUGAGUAGCGAACUCCUCUCCUCCGAUGUCGACGUGCAUGUUUUAGUAAAGAGGCUGUGGAACUCGCUAGCCCAAAUGGAGGUUGCUGUGUUAAGCGCAUGCCGGCGCAGGCUUUCGGCUCCUCCUUCCACAUCUCAGGAACUGUGUAAUUCCCUAACAGCCCUGUUGUUACUGGAGAACUCGUCGCUAGACCAAGCCUUGACUGAGUAUCUAAAAGGUCGAAAGUUGGCCUUGGAGCACAUUCUCGCCACUAGCCACACAGAAACCCUCCAACUGGAUGGUGGUAACGCAAGUGGUGCGCCACCUCUUCCACUAAAAAAGCAACUGGCUCUUGUGGGAAAGUUCCUAAUGUCUGCACUGGAAACAACUGAAUAUCUUUUUCUUGAUGACGGAGUGGAUACUAUCUCUCCUGUGGAACGUUUGGGGGCACUCAGGCGUGGUUUCCUCAAACUCCAAGAAUGGAAGCUAAAAGUUGCGCUCUCUCCACUUUUUUAUCCUUCAUUAGGUGCUACUUGGUUGGUUGGUGAUCGGUUGUAUUCGCACCUGCCGCCCGAAGUGAUCAAUUUUCGUCUCUUUAGUGCCACGUGCAGUGCAAGUCGAUCCGCAUCGAGCUAUGAAGGCCCAAUCAUGGAUCUUCCUUUGUUACUCCUUGAGGAACGUGUUUGUGCUUGGUGGUCUGAGUUGGCGCUAUGGCUGUCGGAGUUUGGCAAAAGCUGCCCUGACCUUUCCGAUUUGGGAAUUAAUCUCUCUCCAGCCAAUCCACCGGAACUUAUACAGCUCCGCAGAUCCCUUGUGCUUUGUCGUUCUACAAUCACAAAGUCAAUGUCCCAUGCUCCCAACCUCAAUUCUCUAGUCUCCAUUCGCGCCUCUAUUUUACCUAUGAUCACUAAAUGGCAGAAACAGGGCAGUUGUCCUGCACGAGCUAGUCCAACGACCAAUUCAAGCAUAGGCACCUCACGAAAUGGCUGUCCUGCUGACCUGAGUUCUGCAGAGUUCACUAUUGGACAUCCUCACGUCGGCGAAUCUAUUUUACACAGGGAGGAGGAUCUAUGGAGUGAAUUGUUUGCUGACCCGUUUCUAACACAUAUCGCAAACCCAAAAAGACAAAUCAUCUCCAAUGAGUUGAGCUUUGUUUGGUCUGACAUCAAACCAGAUGUCUUGAUCUCUGAACAACUUACUUACCCGACGAAGAUCGGCAGUACGAAAGGUUGUAAGAAACGUACUGACAUGGGAACCAAGACGGAAAGCGCAGCAGGGUUGCAUCCCGCGGCCACCAGCCUUACUCGCAUCUUGCGACCGGAGAAUAUCGGUCUCAUCGUAUUUUGCUACCUCACCGAUCGGUCGAUCCCGGCUACUGUUUGUGUACCACACGAUCAAUCGGAAACAGUCUGCGCUCCCCCACCACAUUUACUGGUGUUCCUUCAACGGUUAGUCUUUGAUAACUCAUCCUCAUCAACGAUUGACUUACCACUUCCGUCUCCAUCAUAUACGGGCUCAAGCGCAGGUAAUCGACGAUCUGCGGAUACCAAUCAGUUGGCUUCAAGACUUUCUCUCCUACCUUCAUCCCUGCAAAACAAACUCCCCCUUGAUAAUUUGGCUCAUGUUCCUUCACUAUUUUGCAUUUUGUGCAGUGUUUGUCAAACCUUUGACGAAAGCGUAGCCGAACUGGUUCUAACGGUCGCCCAGUCAGCGCAUCAGGAUUGGCUACCAUUGUGGGAGAUACUGGUUUCCACGCUGAAACGAGCAAUACAACGUUGUGAAGAUUGGUUGAUCACAACAGCAUACAGACGGUCCAAUUCGGAUGGAAAUUCUUGUGAACAACUGGCCGUGGAUCCUAUGUCGGGGUUAUUUUUGGCUAGAGCAUGUCAGGCUCUGAUCUCUCUCUGUCCGUCCAUUGGAGCGACCAUCGUCGCUGGAACUGGCGUAAUCGAAUCAGCUACAACGAAGUCUAGCGUUGGAACUGCGGCCGAAUAUAAGGACAAGGAUAAAAGUGGGGUUACAAAGCGUGGGUUUUCUUGGUCUGACUUAUCCCACUUGCGAUCCGUUUGGUCAUCGGUGUGCACACCCUUACUCGGAACGGCAGAUCGCCUAACAAUGGAUUGUUUGUGCCAUGCGACACUAGAGACUACUACUGCAGACACGUUCUUCCAUAGAAUGCUUGCUGUUAUUUCCCCGACUUCGAAUGAAUCAGUCGCAUGUGAAACAGGUCAGCGGAAACAUGAUACAACUCUGCGACUGCUAAUAGAGUAUGGCGAGUUUGAUUGUCUGUCAGAUGUAGUGACGCCAUUCGAUGAUAUUCGUCUGGAGCCAGGUUCUGCCGAGUGUGAAAUGGAUGAGAAUGCAGUGGCCAUUCUUCGGGUACCAUCCUCAGUUAGUCUACCGCUUCACCAGUUGUUACUCUCUACGGUUCGGACAAUAGGACAACUACUUGUUCAUAAGGUCCCAGUUCCGUCCUUGAACCGGGAAAUUUGUCUCCGAAUUGGCGCCAACCUUUUGAAUAUGUACGUCAAGCUUGUCGAACAUCUUCCCACCAUUUCGAGCUCCAGGUCCAUUGAGGAAUCGAGUGGACCAUUAACCAAUGGAAAAGAUCCCGUGGUGGAUUCCUGUUUGUCAUCUGUACUGCAGCCGAUCGCGCUCCAACUUAUUUUCGACAUUCGCUACUUGAUGCAGCUACUCAUUUGGCCAACCACCCAAAGUGGAAUGCCUCGCUCACGGUCGUUGGAGGAAAAUGCUACCAGCAAAGAGCUAGCUUCCACUAUCAGGCGCAAAUCCAGCGACUUAUUGUCCAAACUGGAGGCCUAUGUAGACCCAUUCGACUGGGAAAUGUGUCACCAACGUCUUUCCAUCUCGAUCACCCACGCUUUGAACACAACUUCACAUUUAUACGUCCCCUUAAUACAGCCAGGCUUGGCUGGACAUAUAGAUAGCGCUAAAUCUUCUGCUGAGAAGACUCGAGCCUCUGGACUGGAGGUUGCAUCACUACUGCCUUUGAUUUCAACAGAACCGGUGAAAGACGAGGAGCGUGCAACAGCCAACUUCUCCACCUUACAACUGAUGCUGUCUUCGUGUGUAGACAAACGCCGUUCGAAGCUUGGAGUACAUGGCCCUCCAAAGUUGGCGCAACAACACUUCCGCUGAUGGAACGGAUUUGGUAUCCAUCUGGCCUUCAAACUGCACUCCGAGACUCCCUUUGCCUUCGACUUUGUUGGAUUGCCGAUGUUAUUGUUAUCUGUUGUAUGCGUUGUCUUUGAUACUGACGUGCCUCAAUAAUUCGGAGUUCCAGAUUGUUGCCCGAA